GGGCAACGAGACUAGUGAUUGGUGCUCAAUACUCCUAUGGAGAAAUGUCAGCUGCAAAUGCUGUUGAAGUCACAGGCUCUCAACAGAAAAAAAAAGAAAAAGAAAAGGUACCAGAACUAAUUAGCACUCAGCCGGUUUCAGUUGAGAAAAGCAUCGGCAUAAAAGCUGAAAUUGCUGGACUAAUACAAGAUCCUAUGAAUUCGAUAAACUCGUUGAAAUUGCACGUCUCUAAUGUUAAUCAAAAUCCACGUAUUAAUAAAUUUAAAGAUGUUUUACAAAGUCCUAAUGUUGAUUUGGCCACAUUAGCACGUAAGCGCAAAGAGUAUGAAGAUAGCGUCUCCCAAGCGUAUGCAAGGGGAGUUGCUGGACUGGAUCAAACCAUAUGGCACCAGAUUCAUAUUGAUGUUCCUCGAACAAAUCCUGGUAUUGCGCUUUACCAAUAUGAGACGACGCAACAG